UAUAAUCCAACGGUCCAACCCCCGGUCCCUGAUAGCCCUCCUGGUGGCCUAGCCCUCUUUCUCAACUCGAGUCUUAAGUUCAGCGGCUUUAAUAAUUUAAUUUUGUCAAAGCGACGCAAAGGCGGGAAAAUUAAUAAAAUCUCCCUACCUCUCUCCCCCUCCUCUCUCUCUCUAUCUCUCUCCCUCUCUCUUUCCUUUGCCCAAGGGUUCUGCUCAAUUUCUCGUGAAAUCUUGUUGAAUUAAUUGUACAUGUGGUCAAGCGAAGAUGCAGAGGAUUAAUGUAUCUGUAAGAGCAAGGCCACUCUCGCCUGAAGAUGCUAAGUCAAGCCCUUGGUGCAUCUCCGGCAACUCUAUUUUCAUCCCCAAUCACUCUGCCAAGUUCGAAUUCGAUAGGAUUUUCGGAGAGGAGACGAAGACUGUUGAGGUUUACGAGUCUCGAACGAAGGAUAUUGUUGCUGCUGCUGUCCGUGGUUUUAACGGGACUGUGUUUGCGUAUGGACAAACGAAUAGUGGAAAGACGCAUACGAUGCGUGGCUCGGCUGCUGAACCUGGGGUCAUUCCGCUUGCUGUUCAUCAUGUUUUUGAUAUUAUACAAGAGGUUAUGGAUCGGGAGUUUCUUUUACGUAUGUCAUAUAUGGAGAUUUAUAAUGAGGAGAUCAAUGAUCUUUUGGUUCCCGAGCAUCGCAAACUACAGAUCCAUGAAAGCAUAGAGCGAGGAAUAUAUGUUGCUGGUUUAAGGGAGGAAAUUGUUGCCUCAGCAGAACAAGUCCUUGAACUUCUAGCUUUUGGAGAAUCUCAUCGCCAUAUUGGUGAAACAAAUAUGAACGUGUAUAGUAGCAGAUCUCAUACAAUUUUUCGAAUGAUAAUUGAGAGCAAGGAUGAUAGUCAAGAUGAUGAUACAGGGACUUCUUGUGAUGCUGUUCGUGUAUCUGUUUUGAACCUAGUGGACCUAGCUGGUUCAGAACGUGCUGCGAAGACUGGUGCUGAAGGUGUUCGCUUGAAAGAGGGUUCCCACAUUAAUAAAAGCCUGAUGACUCUUGGUACCGUGAUCAAAAAAUUAAGCGAAGGUGCUGAAAGCCAGGGGAGUCAUGUUCCCUAUCGUGAUAGCAAAUUAACACGCAUUUUGCAGCCUGCACUUGGGGGAAAUGCAAAUACUGCUAUUAUAUGCAAUAUUACACUUGCCCAGAUUCAUGCUGAUGAGACUAAAAGUAGUCUUCAAUUUGCAAGCCGAGCUUUGCGUGUCACAAACUGUGUUAUAGUGAAUGAGAUCUUGACGGAUGCAGCAUUGUUAAAACGCCAAAAAAGAGAGAUCGAGGAGCUUCGGGCCAAAUUGCAGGGAUCUCAUUCAGAACACUUUGAAGAGGAGAUUCUUAAUCUGCGCAACACCUUAUUACAGACUGAACUGGAAAGGGAGAGAAUUGCCUUGGAGCUGGAGGAGGAAAAGAAAGCACAAGCAGAAAAGGAGAGGAGAUUGCUAGAGCAAGACAAAAAAAUUAAGAACUUGAGUUCAAUGGUGUUGUGUUCCAAUAGGGAUGAUAACCGAGAUCGUUACAAGAAGGAGAAGAGACGCGAUACUUGGUGCCCUGGCAAACUUUCUAGGGAGACUGUGAAGGAGCUUAAUUCCUCCUCAACCCUAAAAAAGGAUUCCGCAUCUAAACCAAUUAGAUCUGGACGUGACAUGGGACCACUUCUACCUUUUGAAGAACUAGUAAAUGAAGCGAGCACAGAUGAUUUUUGCAAGGAAGAAAAAAGUUGCAGUAAUAAUUCACAAGAAGAAUGUGCUCUUCCUCAGCCACAUGCCUUGCUGCACGUCACUAGCAGAAAAAAAGCAAGCACAAAGAAGAAAAAUUUGCUGGAAUGCACUGACUUGGAGCAUGUGCAAAAAGAAUAUGAAGAUCUAUUGUUACAAUUUGAAGCACAGAAAACUACGAGUGAUCUAAAAAUUUCUUAUUUGACAAGAAGGCUCGAAGAGGCUGGUCUUUGUGUGGACAAUACUGCAGAUGAUUCUACGAUUCAUACAAAUAAAAAUGAAAGAUUAGAUGAGUCUGAAGCUAUCCUCGUGAUCAAGGAACUUCAAGAAAAGGUUUAUUCUAUUAACAUGCUUGAGAUGGAUAAGUCUUCAAGCCAGCAAAAUUUGGAUGACGUUGUUCAGUUAAUUACUGAGCAGCAGAUUAGUGCAGAUGUGAAGUUUGAAGAGAUUUAUGAAGAGCUUAAGAAUGCAAGGGAGGAGGCCAAGGUGGCUCGUGAAUCAGUAAAUUCCGUGGAAUCAUUCAGUUGUGAUGAAGGUUCUGAAUAUUUUUCCAAGGCAUCAAGAGAAGUACAAGAAAUUCUAGCUGAAUUUGCAAACUCAAGACAUGGCAUAGAGGCCAUCUUCUCAGUUGUGGAUGAACUAUUUCAGAACCUCUCUCUCAUGCUAUCCUGUUUCACUGAUCUAAAGUGUCAAGCUUCUGAGGAUAAUUCUCUACUUAAAGGAAUGAUCUAUGAUCAUACUAAAAUAUGGAGUUGCAUGAAACACAAUAUUAGUGAACUCGAAAAGGGAAAGAUUGAUAUGUACAAUCAAUACGUGGAUCGCCAAGGGAAGAUAGAAGAGUUGAGCCUUGAUGUCAAAAAUUCAGCAAAAGCCUUUGACGAGCUUUCUGAACAACGAGAAAUCGAAAAAUGUAGCUUACUUUCAGAAAUUCAAGCUCUGCAGAAGGAGAUAUCAUCUUUGUCAUCUUCUUCAUUGGCCAAGGAGAAAGAAAGUAUGCGGAAAGAUUUGGAGAAAACAAAAGCAAAGCUGAAAGAGACGGAAUCUAAACUCAAGAACAUGAUACAGGAGAAAACAAAACUUGAGGGUGAAAAGGCAUGUGCUGAGAGAGAAAUGAAAAAGUUACAUGCCCAGAAGAUCACUCUUGAACGCGAUAUUAGUAAACAAGGCCAAAUAUCAGAGAGAAGGCGUGAUUCGAUGGUCGACAGGAGGUCAAGUAUUUUUGAUGCCAAAAGACCAAAGGGUCUUUCCAUUGCCUUCGACCAGGUCAUGCAGGAGGACUACAGAAAACUGGAAGUUCUAGCGUUUGAGAUGGAGACAACUAUUGCUUCCCUGGAAGAAGAAUUGUCUACUGCACGUGCGGAAAAGGAACAUGCCACAUCUACUAUUGAAGGUUUGGACGUAGAAAUGCAGAGUCUAUCAGACAAGCUAGUGAUGUCAAACUCAGAACUAUCCGUAUUUGAGGAAGCAGUUUCAACUCUUAUUUCAGAUUUGGAAGAAUCUAAGUCUCAAAAUGAGAAACUCGAGUGUUCUCUCAGGAUGUUGGUGGAAGAAAAGGAAGAGUUAGCAACGCAACUUACGGAUGCUCUUCUGGCAAUGGAGGAAGUAAAGGCAGUAAGGUCUUCUAUAGAGAAAAGUUCGCUUCAAUCCAUUAAGGAAGCAUCCGAGUCGUAUAAUUCCAAGAUUACAUUGUUAUCUAGUGAAGUAUCACAGGUGAGAAGUGAAUUGGAGUCUUCUAAAGAAGAAUACAAGGUCCUUAUGGACAAGUUGUUAGCUUCUGAGAAAAAUGCUGAAUCGGAGAAGUCCUGGAGCAUGGAGAAGUGUCAAGAGAACGAGAGACUGAGAGAUGAACUAAAAGUGGCUGUAAAUGCAAGUCAAAAAUUACAAGAAGCAAGUUUCUCACAGCUAUCAAAGUUGAAAUCAGAAAUUGAGGAGUUGAAAAAGAAGCUUACUUCCUUGGAGACGGAAAAUCAUAUAGAUCAAAUCAGUAACAGAACUGAAAAAGCAAAACUCAGAAUGAGGCUGCGAGGGACGCAACAUAAGUUGGAGGCUGCUCUUUUUAGACACAGCGAGGCUGUUGAUGAGUUGGAUCUCAUGAAUAGGAACUACGAAGCAGCUUCCCAGAAGUUGAAGGAGCAGUUGUCUAUAUAUUGCACUGAGGUGCUCACCCUUAAGAAGCAACUUGCUGCAAAGGGACAAUGAGUGACAAAUCCAGAGCGAUGGAAUUGGUAAUAAUCCAUCAUGUGGUGAAAGGAGUAUUCUAAUUUCGGUUGAUGAUUAAUAUAUCCAUCGCCAUAAAAUAUGUCAAUUUUGUAAUUUAAAAUAUUAUUCCUAUUUGUAAUGGUUAAUAGCUUACAGGAUAUCCUUCAUGACUAAUAUUAUCCAGAUUGUUCCUAUC